AUGUACGACUUGACGGUACAUCUGCCAAUAAUCAUCAACGUCGUCAGAGCAGGGUCAUCAUCUCGUGACGCGGACUUGCAUGCGGAUGCGAUCGGCAAAUCCUUGUUCAACGAGCAGAGUGGCAAAUCGAGAGAUGCGCCUGUUUGCGUUGACGAGAAGCGCAUUCCUGGGCAUGUAUUUGGCGUUGCAUGUGAAGAAGAGGGAUCGACAUAGCUAGCUGAUAGCUUAAGGGUAAAAUUUCAUUCACUUCGCCCGUCAUUCCCACGGGUUCAGGUCGUGAGGCGGAGCCUGCUCCCAACGGGUGGAGGCGAUUGCGGCUGCCUUUCCCCCAAACUCUGGUGAAACCUCUGCGGUGGGACGGGGCUCCAGGCUCUCGGUCCGAACGACUUCGACACGGCUGAUCGACCGCAGUGGGUCGGCUUCGAGAACAUCGCAGACUCAGACACGGUAAGCGAGCAGAAGGGACAAAUCGACGACGACGACGACGACGACGACUUCAUGUGA